UUUUUGAAGAAAAAUUAUUUCCAAAAUAAAAAAAUAAUUUAAUGGAAAAAUCUUGUGAAGUUUGUGGUGAUGUCCCAUUUGGAAAACAUUAUGGGGUAACUGCUUGUAAUGGCUUUUUUCGUCGUUCAAUUUGUAAUAGGCGAAGUUAUAUAUGUCGUUAUGGAUCAACAUGCCCUAUUGUUAAAGGUACAGAAUUUGAGGAAAGUAAUUUUGCAGAGGAAUUACCUUCACCUUUACCUAAUAAAAAUAAUGUGGUAGACGAUGAAGAAAUAACUAUUAAACUUGUAUUAAUUGAAAAACAGGUUUGGGAUUUGGUAGACACAAGUUGUUCACUUAUGAAACCAAAAAUAACUACAAACUCCGGAGUUCAUUCCUCCAAUAAUCAAAUACAAAAAGAUAUUCCUUUUGAAGAAGCAUUUAAAAAUCCAACAUUAAUAUGUGGACGUUACCCGCUAAUGUUUAACCGAGCUGAUCAACCUCUAACACCUUUUCUUUAUAUUGAUGGGUGGAAACGACAUUUUACUUAUUUCAGUGAUUGGGUACAUCAAUUAGAGCCAUUCCAAAGAAUGUCUUUUAAUGAUCAAAUACUUCUAGCCAAACAAAGAAUUAUUCACGUUGGGUGGUUAGUUCAUGCCUAUAAUUCACAAUUAAAAGGAGCCGGAGCAAUAUGUUUUGCUAAUGGGGCUUUUUAUCAUCCUAAUACAGAUAAUUCAUUAGACGAGUCAACAAAAAAUGAAGAUGACCAACAUUCUAAAAUUGUUAAUUUUUUUGGUCAACAACUAUCAAUUCUUGUUCAUUCUUUAUUUGAGCCACUCCGUCAAUUAAAUUUGGAUUUUGCUGAAUAUGUUUUAUUGAAAGCUAUUCUUUUAUUUCGUGAAGAAGUUGGAUUAAGUCCACAAGCACUUGAACAAGUUAAAAAUGCUCGAAGUUUAUAUUUGCGUGCUCUAUUUAAGCAAAUUAAUUUACAAAUUCCUUCAGUAUUGAGCAAAUUGUUAGUCCCGUUAGUUACCCUUCUAAUAUAUAUUCGUGACAAGAAAAUUGAUCAUACAAAUGAAGAAACUGGAACAAAAGGAUUGGUAAAUAAUGCAUUCGAGAGAAUGGCCUCUAUUUUAGCUAUGUCCUUAAUUAUUUCAACUUUAAAAUCAGAGGUUAAUGAAAGAGUUCAGAUAAGCACAAUAUUUAAUCUUAUUGAAUUUGAUUCCCUUAUGAAGGAUGUACAUUCUUCAAUUCUUCAUUAAUUUUUAAGAGAAAAAAAGGUUAAAAAUAACGUUGAAAUUAUAAUGUCCAUUGAAAGAAAAUAUUUUUUCUUCCAAAAUUUCAAUUAAAUUUAUUUACAUCUCCAUUUGUCUGACUGACUCAUCCAUAUCAUUUACUAACAUUUUUGACAAUAAAUCUUCAUCUGG